AAACUGAAUGAUAUUGUGAUAGACUCAGUUGUGACUCGGUUGUCUUGCGGGUUGGACGUGUUGCCGGUGCAGUUCAAAGUGUACAAACCGCCAAGAUAUUGUUCUGAUGACGUCUAAAUAUAAUUGGUACAACCGUCAUGUCUAAAGUCAAGACAAUGUUGAAGAUCGGCGGCGGCGCGGUGCUGAUCGCCGCCAUCGUGGCCGUAUUCGUGGUCGCCACACAAGGCCGAGAUCCGGACUUGGAGGCCUCGGAACAGGAAGGCAGAGAGUAUAUCAUACAUUUGGACAAAAUGGCCGGUAUUAGGAAGAAUAAAGCCAGUCUGGCCGAGUGGGCGUACACAUCUAAUAUCACAGAGGAAAAUGAAGUGAAAAGGAUACAAGUUCAACUAGAACUGUCGAAGCAAGAGAAGCAAGCGUGGGAAGAGACGAAGAUGUACAGAUGGCAAGACUUCCAAGACUUUUCUCUUCGGAGGAUGUUCAAGAAGUACAGUCAAUUGGGCGUAUCAGCGUUGCCCGAUGAGAAAUACAAGCUGUUAAUGCAGUGUGUCUCAGGAAUGGAGUCGAAUUAUGCAACUUCUAAGAUAUGCGAUUAUAAGAAUGCCACCAAAUGCGACUUAGCUCUAGAACCAGAUAUAACAGAGAUCUUUGCGAAGAGUCAAGACCCUGAAGAGCUGAAGCACGCUUGGUUAGAGUGGCAUAAUACAGCUGGGUCGAGGGCUAGAAACAAUUUCACACAGUAUGUGGAAUUAGACAAUGAAGCAGCAAAACUAAAUGGUUUCAAAGAUGUCGCCGAAUGGUGGCAAUCGGAAUAUGAAGUUCCUGAUUUCGAACAACAAUUAGCAAAGUUAUGGGAGGACGUCAAACCAUUGUAUCAGCAACUACACGCUUAUGUGAGAAAACGCCUUCGUGAUAAGUAUGGAGAAAAUAUAGUUUCAGCUAAAGGACCAAUACCUGCACAUUUGUUAGGUAACAUGUGGGCACAAACUUGGAACAACAUCGAGUCCUUCACUCGUCCAUAUCCCGAUAAGAAAGAAAUCGACAUAACGAAGGCGAUGAAAGAUCAAAAUUACACACCUCUGAAAAUGUUCCAGAUGUCAGAUGAAUUCUUUAGAUCUCUUAAUUUGACAGCAAUGCCUGAGAAGUUCUGGAACAAUUCUAUUAUUGAAAAGCCGACCGACAGGGAAAUAGUCUGUCAUGCGUCAGCUUGGGACUUCUAUGAUGGAGAAGAUUUUAGGAUCAAAAUGUGCACAUCAGUGAAUAAGGAGCAUUUGAGGGUAGUCCAUCAUGAAAUGGGUCAUAUCCAGUAUUACUUGCAGUACAGAGAUAAGCCAGUAAUUUUCAGAGCUGGUGCAAAUCCAGGUUUCCAUGAGGCUGUAGGUGAUACGAUAGCUUUGUCAGUAUCUUCGCCGAAACAUUUGAGACGCGUUGGUCUGGUUAGUGGAGAUGCUGAAGACGAACAGACUGAAAUAAAUCAACUAUAUAAAAUGGGCAUUGACAAGAUCGUGUUUCUGCCGUUCGCGUACACCUUGGACCUGUUCCGCUACGGCGUGUUCCGCGGCACAACGAGCGCGGACGACUACAACUGCCACUACUGGCGCCUUCGCGACGCGCUGCAGGGCGUGGAGCCGCCCGUGCCGCGCUCCAAGGACGACUUCGAUGCCGCCGCUAAGUACCACGUGUCCGCCGACGUCGAGUACGCCAGAUACUACGUGUCGUUCAUAAUUCAGUUCCAAUUCCACCGCGCUCUAUGUCAGCUCGCCGGGGAGUACGUGCCAGAGGAUCUCACCAAGAAACUGGUUGACUGUGACAUCUACCAGAGCGUCAAUGCUGGAAAUGCUCUCUCCAACAUGUUAAAGAUGGGUUCGUCGAAGCCGUGGCCGGAUGCGAUGGAAGCAUUGACUGGUCAGCGUGCCAUGAGAGCGGACGGACUGCUGGAGUACUUCCGACCUCUGCACGAGUGGCUGCAGGCAGAGAAUCAGAGGACUGGAGAGUUUAUCGGCUGGGAGCCCAGCAAAAUACAAUACUGCACGGCGGAGCAGCUCGCCGCGCUGGAGCAAGCGCAGCAGGACGGCAAGGACACGUGACAGUACUUAUUUAGGAUAAUAGAACAGUAUUCAUAAUAAAUGUUUUUGUAAUAUA